AUGUCUCAAUUUGAAGUCAGACUGCGCAACAUUCCCACACUCACACAAGUGAGAAUUCCAUCGGAGGAGGAAUUAUGGGAACAAGUCAAGUCUCUGAAUAUCACAAAUCAAAAGGAUCAUUUGAAAGGAUACAUUCAUUUCAUGAAAACCUUCGGAAGUGGAAAGUUAGGAAGAGUUCAAAUCUAUGGUCUUUAUACUGGUUCUACUUUUCAUCAAUUUGAUAUUCGAUUUCACACAAAACGAAUUCAAAACAUAUUUCACAGAAUGUUGAAUCCACAACAAGAAGAAGAAAUGAAUCAAGAAGAUGACUCGGAAGAAUUAAAUGCACAUUCAGAAGAUGAUCAAGAAUCUGUUACUGCUACAACUACCACCACUAGUACUGAAAUGAAACAAACUCUUCUCAGUCAACAUUACGAUUCUCAAUUCAGUAAGAUGAUUGUCUUUGCCAGAGAUUCCAUUGAAGAAACUCUCUACUAUGCUUGGCAUUGUGAAAAGCCUCAAGAAAUUUAUCUGUUAGAAGUCGAUGAAUAUGAAAGUGAUCUUCCACCACCACGGUUUGUUUGUAAAGAAUGGAAUGAAUUUGUUGAGAGAAUGUGUUUUGGUCAUUUCAUUGAUGAAGAAGAUUAUCACAGUGCAAGAUUUUACAAAAAUCAAUCGGAAAUGACAUCGGAUGAUGGUGAUAAUGAAGAGAAUCAAGAGUGCGAGAUUGAACGAGUCUUUAUACCAAACAUGACACUCAAAAUCACCAAUAAUGAUGAAACUGUUGAAUAA